AUGAAACGUUUAAAUGGACGGGCUGAGAAACGUCAUAUUGCUUUCGUGAAAGUACACAAGGCUGCCAGUACAACCGUGCAGAAUAUCUUCUUGAGGUUCGCUAUGCAGAAAGACCUACUGGUGGUUAUGCCUCACGUUCCUAAUUUUUUCUACCCAAAUGUUAUAAGCACCUAUAAUACAGUGACGAACAGAAACAUACUUCCCGCGCCCAGGAAUAGAUCAUACGAAAUACUGUGCUGUCAUGUUCUCUACAAUAGGACAGCUUUUGAACGGAUCAUGCCACAGGACACCGUCUAUAUCGGAAUCGUGAGAGAUCCAUUUGAUCACUUUAAGUCUAUACUUAAUUAUUUUCGACCAAAACAAGUUUUCGAAAUUGAUGACGCAUUUCCAGAGUCGAGAUUCUUGCAAGAUCCGGAAUUUUACAACAAUGGAUCGUUAUCAAGUUUUCUGGACAACAGUAUGGCAUUCGAAUACGGAUUUCCACCUAACCUGUUCAAAACUCGAAAUAAAACUGAAAUUCAACAAUACAUAAUGAAAUUAGAGAAGGAGUUCCAGUUAAUCAUUGUUGUAGAACGUUUUGAUGAAUCUAUGAUUCUGAUGCGCAGACUCCUAAAUUGGAAAAUCAAAGACGUGUUGUAUAUGAAGCACAACGUGAGAAGAAAAGGCUCAGGGGACUUUUUGUUCAGCCCUGGCGACGGCUAUCGACACAGUCGUUGGGAUGAGUUAGAUUAUUCACUUUAUGACCAUUUCUUUAAAAGAAUUCAGUUUCAGUUACGUGAACAAGGCCCAGAUAUUUACGAGGAGGUUCUGUAUUUCAGACGUUUACGACGAGACAUUGCGUUCUUUUGUCAACAAAUUCCAGGAAAAGAUUCAACAUAUACUGUAACGGCAUCGAGAUGGAAUGACGCUUUUGUUGUUACUGGGAAGGAUUGUCAUUAUAUGACCAUACCAGAAAUAUCUUACAUAAACGAAUUAAGACUGAAACAGUAUGGGUAUUUCAGGAAUAUCUUACCUGUGAGGGGACUGGAAACGGCCUUCAAGUCCAGUGUCGGGAGUUUUAGAUAG